UCCUACAUGUAGUGUUCUCUUUGUGGUAUAGAUUCGAGAUGUCCCAUCGUAAAUUUUCUGCACCCCGCCAUGGAUCGGUGGGUUUUACUCCCAAAAAAAGGAGCAGGAGGCAUAGAGGAAAGGUGAAAGCUUUUCCAAAAGAUGACCCAAGCAAACCGGUUCAUUUAACAGGGUUUAUUGGGUACAAAGCUGGAAUGACCCAUAUUGUUAGAGAGGUUGACAGACCCGGGUCAAAGGUGAACAAGAAGGAAGUUGUCGAGGCUGUGACAAUUAUUGAAACUCCACCAAUGGUAGUGGUUGGCGUAGUUGGUUACAUUGAAACUCCGAAAGGCCUCCGUACCUUUAAGACAGUUUGGGCUGAGCACCUGAGUGAGGACUGCAAACGUCGGUUCUACAAAAAUUGGUACAAAUCCAAGAAAAAGGCCUUUACGAAGUACUCUCGCAAAUGGCAGGACGAGAUGGGGAAGAAAGAAAUAGAGAACGAUUUGAAGAAGAUGAAAAAAUACUGCAAAGUAAUCCGUGUGAUUGCUCAUACUCAGAUGAAGCUUCUGAGAAAGCGUCAGAAGAAGGCUCAUUUGAUGGAAAUUCAGUUAAAUGGGGGUACCAUCCCCCAGAAGAUUAGGUGGGCUAGAGAGCAUCUAGAAAAGCAGGUACCCAUUAACCAAGUGUUUUCUCAAGAUGAGAUGAUUGAUGUUAUUGGUGUGACCAAGGGCAAAGGAUUUAAAGGUGUAACCAGCCGAUGGCACACCAAGAAGCUGCCCCGAAAGACUCAUAAAGGUCUUCGUAAAGUAGCUUGUAUUGGUGCAUGGCAUCCCAGUCGUGUGCAGUUUACUGUAGCUCGUGCUGGCCAGAAAGGCUACCACCACAGAACCGAGAUCAACAAAAAAAUAUAUCGUAUCGGGGCAGGUAUCCAUAAGAAGGACAACAAGGUGAUAAAGAACAAUGCUGCAACAGAUUACGACUUAACGGAGAAGUCUAUCACUCCCAUGGGAGGAUUCCCCCAUUAUGGGGAGGUCAACUGUGACUUUAUUAUGCUGAAGGGCUGUGUUGUGGGGCCUAAGAAACGUGUCAUCACCUUGAGGAAGUCUUUGUUGACACAGACUAAGAGGUCUGCACUGGAAAAGAUUACACUGAAAUUUAUUGAUACAUCAUCAAAGUUUGGACAUGGUCGAUUCCAGACACCAGCAGAAAAGCUUGCUUUUAUGGGUCCUCUGAAGAAACAAAAGCUGAAGGAGGAAGGCACAGCUUAAUUUUUUUUGGAAACCUGUGAACUUCUAAUGUUGAAAUAAAGAAUGAUGAAACUAGAAAA